AUGCCAGCCCGGGACGUCAUCGGCAAAGAACACGAGUCUUCCACAAAGCACCUUCUCGCAGCCGUCGUCACCCAGUGCUUCUCAUACAUGGUUCACAAAUGCGUCCAGUACGGAUACGUGUACACCGGCGAAGCCUUCAUUUUUCUGCACAUCCCCGACGAUCCUACCGUGGUCUAUUACUCCAUCUGCAUCCCGAGUCUCGACGUCGAGGAUGAGGACGAGAACCGGCUCCAUCGGACGGCCGUCGGUCAAGUGACGGCCUUCAUUCUCCGUGCUCUUGCUGCAGAGUCACCGACGCAGGCGUGGCACCAAGCGACAGGUACGCUGCUCACUUGGGAUGUCGAGUACAUCGACAUCUUGAAGAACAUUCCGGAGACGGUGCACAACAUGACGCGCGAAACAUUUUCGUAUAGACCAUCACGCUGGAAACCCGCCUCUAUUCGUCCCCACCGCCGGACCCGGGCGCAGUGUUUGCUGGCAGACGACCAAGAGGGCGUGCAGAGCGAUGGGGAUGAGGAUGACGGCUCGGACAGCAACAUGCCACCCACGCCAACUCCGGGACCGACCACGCGCGCUCGCGCUCGCGCUCGGACUGCUCAGAGCUCGUCUCGCCAUCAACAGGCGAAGCAGGCAAAAAGUGCCGACAAGCAAAAGUCUCGGAACAAGACAAAUGUGCGAGUGGAGGACCAGCCGUACUGUACACAUGCCUGCCUGCUGGGGCUGCUGCACAGCGGACCGCUCGACCAGCAAUGUCCCAACAUCCAGGCCCACAGGACGGAGCACAUAAAGCCACAGGCCUUUCUCCGCCUCAUCAAACACCAGCUCGCGGUCGACCUCGGUGCCGACGCCGACUGCAAGCCGCUCUAUAUCCGUGGCUCGCGCGGCGCGCUCUUCAAGGUGCGCCUCUCCUCGCACGGCUACACGAUGGUAGCUAAAGGCAUGCAAGAGGACGACGCGCGGUAUAUCUAUCACGAGCACUGCAUGUACCGGCACGUUUUGGCGGCGCAGGGCACGGCGGUUCCUGUGUGCCUCGGCCUAACGGAGCUACAGCUACCGUACUUCUACGACUCUGCCGCGUACACGCAUAUGCUGUUCCUCAGCUGGGCCAGCCGGCCGCUAUCCCACUUCAUUAACAAGGAGAACGCUGCCACUCUAACCGCAGAGGCGAAGGCGAAGCUGCGGGUACUGCACGCGCUAGGGUUGCUGCAUAAGGAUGCCGAGAUGCGCAACGUGCUAUGGGAUGAGCAGACCGGGGGCAUGAUGUGGACCGACCUAGAGCGGGCAGAGGUGCAGGCUGAGGCGAGAGCACAGCAGCCGCUGGGACUGGUCAGUCCCAAUCGGACGCAGGAGGGCCCGGUGGCUAAGAAGACAGGCGGUAGCCCGGCUGAGUUUUCGCGCGAGCUGAUGCUCCUUUCUGCGCACGUGGAUCGAUUCGUCCACCACUAG